AUGGACAGUCCGUAUAAGAGAGAACUCACUGUAGCUAUCGGAUCUUUGCAAAAGGCCGCUCAGCUGAGCCAGUCAAUUGUCUCAGACAAAGACAAGGGCGCGAUUGAGAAGGAUGAUUUGAGCCCUGUGACUGUUGCUGACUUUGCAGUCCAGGCUCUUCUUACAGCGACAAUCAAGAAUGCUUUCCCGGAGGAUCGAGUGGUCGGAGAGGAAGAUGCGUCGGACUUGAAGCAGAAACCCGUGCUUAUGGAGCGCGUGUGGGAGCUUCUGAUGCGUAUUGCCGGAGAUGAGGAUACACCGUCUCUGUGUCAGCUUCCUAAGACGCGAGAGCAGAUGUGCGAGUUAAUUGAUGAGUGUGGAGCGAGUAGCCCUGCUUCAAGUGGACGUACUUGGGUGUUUGACCCUAUCGAUGGGACAAAGACUUAUCUUCGGGGCCAGCUUUAUGCUAUUAACAUGGGUCUUCUUGUUGAUGGCGAACAAGUCGCUGGUAUCGUUGGCGCGCCCAAUCUGUCAAUUGAUGCCAAAGCGCCUCUCAAGAAUGAGGAUAUUGAUCCUAAGGAUGAAGGAUGUAUCUUCUUUGCCGUCAAGGGCUAUGGCGCUUACGUGCGACCUCUUCACUCUGAUCAACCUCGUCAACUAUCUGCUCAUGCCGCCAACGAACAAAUCAGCUUCGUCACCAGCGCCACAAUCGUCGACUCUGCCUUGGAUGGAAUCCACGAAGUCGUUGCCUCGCGCCUCAAUGCCAACUAUCCGGGCAGCGACCUCGUUCCCUGGGUUUUGCGCUGGGCCGUUCUAGCGAUGGGUUUGGGCAACACGACUGUUUGGGUAUACAAACGCCGAGAUCGCUACGCAAAAGCCUGGGAUCACGCAGGUGCUAUGUUGCUGUAUGAGGAAGCUGGUGGCAAGAUCACGGAUGUACAUGGGAAAAAGAUCGAUUUGACGGCCGGGAGGAAGAUGAGCGCGAACUUUGGCUUCGUGGCGGCACCGACGGACGUUCAUGGACGGGUACUGGAGACUGUGCACGAUGUCCUAAGAGAGCAGGGUAAAGACGAGUUCUUGACUUAG